GGACAACAGAUAAAGAUGUCUGACCUCAGCCAAGUCGCUGUUUACUCAGACUCCUCAGAUAUUUAUAAGAAUGUUUUCUGUAACCCUGCCUUUGAGCUGGAAGGGGAGCGAGAGGAGAGGGUGGAGGGCUUCAGGACAUCCUCGUCCACCCCUGAACCAAUCAAACCACCAGCAGCUAGUCUAGGCUGGGGUCUGUUUGGGGUGUGUGUGAUGCGUCUGCGGGGUCCGGGUUGUGGCUGGGGAGUGGUGGUAGUCUCUGCUGCUGCUCUGCUCCUGUUAGCCGCCCUCGGACUGGCACUGGCCCUAAUCCUCACACAGAUUAAAGGUCAGGCAGUGGAGGAUCAGCUGUUGUCCACCAGCCUUCCAGACCUACUGAGUGCAGGAGUUGGAGAGACCCAUACUUUACCCACAAUCCCUUCCAACGGAAGUCAAGGGGACAGUACAGCCGCACCACAGCCCACAAGGAUCCCCAUGUCUGAAACACGUUGUGGAGGUGUACUGACAGACCCAGAAGGCAGUUUCAGUUCCCCAAACCACCCCGGCUCCUACCCCCCCAACUCCCUGUGUGUGUGGGUGAUCCGAGUCCCACCCCCCUCCUUGGUUCAGAUCCACGUUUCCUUUUUGACCGUGGAGGGACCAUCUCCUUGUCUGUUUGACUGGCUGGAGGUGCAGGAGCAGACGGAGCAGAGCUCUGUGGUCACCAGAUUCUGUGGUAACGUGGCACCACCGACUGUCAACACAAACAGCAGCACAGUGUGGGUCACCUUCCGCUCUGACGGCAGCAUCGCGGGCACUGGCUUCACAGCUCAGUACAGGGCCAUACCUCCUGGACACAAGAGCUGCUCCAGAGAAGAGUUCAUGUGUGACAGUGGUCGCUGUCUGCUGCCUGUGUCCGUGUGUGACGGUCACCCAAACUGCCACGACCAAACAGAUGAGGCAAACUGCAGCCAUAAACACAAAGAAUGUGGUGGGCAGAAGACGGGUCCUUAUGGUUACCUGACAAGUCCAAACCACCCAAAGCCUUAUCCUCACCAGCAGCUGUGUAUGUGGUAUAUAUCUGUUGAGGAGGGCCACGUCAUCACUCUGAGCUUCAGGAACUUUAGCCUGGAGACUCAGGAUGUGUGUGAGUUUGAUUAUGUGGAGGUGCACGACAGUGUCGACACCGGAGCUGGAAGAGUCCUGGGAAGGUUUUGUGGUACCACCUUCCCACCAGACCUGACCUCCUCUGGCCCCCACAUGACUGUGGUGUUUGUGGCUGAUGAGGGAGUGGCCGACAGCGGCUUCAACGCAACAUAUCAGGCUGUAUCUGUGCUGGACAGGACAUGUGCUCCCAGCCAGUUUGCCUGCAGCACAGGGGAGUGCCUUCAGCCGCAGUGGUUGUGUGAUGGAUGGAACGACUGCCCUGACGGAGCAGACGAACAGGGAUGUGGCAACUCCACCUACCCUCCCUUCACUUCAUCGUGUGAGUUUAUAGAGGUAGAGAUGUGUCAGGGUCUGAGCUACAACCUCACCUCAUUCCCAAACAUCUGGCUAUCCAUUGCUGAUCAAAGAGAGGCCGCCACACUCCUGCGACAGUACAGAGUGCUGAUGGAGUUGGCCUGCUUCGAACCCCUGCAGAGGCUAGUGUGUGGGAUGUUCCUACCCCAGUGCAGCCCUCAAGGAGGCGUCCUCCAGCCCUGCCGCUCAGUUUGCUCCUCGGCCGAGCAGCAAUGCAGCCAAGCCUUGGAUCUCUUCUCCUUCAGCUGGCCCUUCAACUGCCACCUCCUGCCUGACUCACGGGACCCCAUGGAGUGCUCGCUGCCUUGA